AUGAGCAACAAUACAAGUAUAAACGCUUCUCAUGAUGCUUUGGUUGUUAAACCUGAGCAUCUUUAUGGUUCCAAAGGGAAUCAUGCUCUACCUCAAGACUCUGAAGAGAAUAGAGGAUCACUCGGUGGUGCGCAGAGUAGUACUAGUGUGGUUGAUCAGGUUCGGACGCCGCCUGAAGAUGCCGGUGUCACUUCUUCUGCAUCUGAAAUAUGCGCUGCACCUGUUUGUAGGCAAUUUUGGAAAGCUGGGAGCUAUAAUGAUGAAUUAAGUUCAAAGUCUCAGCAGCCAACUGGAAAAAAUUAUCUUCAUGUGCAUCCUAUGUUCCUUCACUCCAAUGCUACUUCACAUAAAUGGGCUUUUGGUGCUGUUGCAGAACUGCUUGACAAUGCUGUUGAUGAGAUCCAAAAUGGGGCCACUUUUGUCAUUGUAGAUAAAAUCACAAAUCCUAGGGAUGGUACACCAGCACUGCUAAUUCAAGAUGAUGGUGGUGGGAUGGAUCCUCAGGCUAUGCGUCAUUGCAUGGGUUUCGGAUUCUCAGAUAAGAAAUCGGAUUCAGCCAUUGGAAGAUAUGGUAAUGGUUUCAAGACCAGCACAAUGAGACUUGGAGCAGAUGUCAUUGUUUUCAGCCGGCAUUUUAAUAACCAAACAUGGACACAAAGUAUAGGGCUCCUUUCUUAUACGUACCUGACACGUACUGGCCAUGAUAGAAUAGUUGUUCCCAUUUUGGAUUACGAGUAUAAGGCAUCAACUAGCGAAUUUGUGACAAUGCAAGACCGAGAACAUUUCAUAUCCAGUCUCUCCAUUCUACUAGAAUGGUCUCCGUUUUCAACAGAGGCAAAACUUUUGCAGCAGUUUGACGACAUUGGAUCACAUGGGACAAAGGUUGUUGUCUAUAAUUUAUGGCUCAACAGCGAUGCUAAGUUGGAAUUAGACUUUGACUCGGCUUCAGAGGAUAUUCUCAUUGAAGGAAACAUUAAAAAAACUGGAUGUAAGAUUACAAAUGAUCAUAUUGCAACCCGGUUUUCCUACUCUCUUCGUGUUUACCUAUCCAUACUAUACUUGCGGAUUCCUGAGGCUUUCAAGAUUGUGUUGCGUGGCAAGGUUGUUCAGCAGCAUAACGUUGCUGAUGAUCUCAAGUAUCCGCAGUACAUCUUGUAUAAGCCUCAUGUUGCUGGACAUGAAGAGGCUGAAGUUGUAACGACGAUUGGAUUUCUGAAAGAAGCUCCCAAAAUAAACCUUAGUGGGUUCUGCGUUUAUCACAAAAACCGCCUAAUAAUGCCAUUUUGGCAGGUCGUGAGCAACUCAAACAGCAGAGGAAGAGGAAUAGUUGGUGCUCUAGAAGCUAACUUUGUUGAGCCAACCCAUAACAAGCAGGAUUUUGAAAAAACGGUCCUUCUUCAGAAACUUGAAAACCGUUUAAAGGAAAUGACAACGGAGUAUUGGAAUUGCCAUUAUAAGUUGGUUGGAUAUCAAGAUAUUAAGAAACCUCGUCCUAAGGUGCCUCAAAAUGUACAAUCUGGUGGUAGGCCAAAUAUCAACAUGCUCCAGAAGAAUUCUGCUGGAUAUAGUGGCAGACAAACAAUAAAUCCUCCUCCAGGCUUCCCAGCAGUUUCUCAUAACACAAACCUGGCAUCUCUCCCUAGAGUUUCAGCUGAGCCAGUGGUGUUGGAGAAGAGGAAAGAACAUCCUGAUCUUAUUGCAAGUGCAGCGUCAAGAAGAAAGGUGGGAAGUGAUGGCUUCACUGUCCCGGGGCAUAUUCGUGUUGAACAGUUCAAACAAGGAUCUGCUAAUCGGUCACAAGAUAAUGAAAUUGUCAAGUUGAUGGAAGAAAACAAGAAGCUCCGAGCAAAAUGGUUGGACCACAAGGUGCGAAGUCAAAAUCUUGAAGUCAAGGCCAUAAAUCUAAGCAGCGAGCUAGAGAAGGUUAAAAGUGAGUAUGAAAAGUUAAUGGGAGAGCUACAAGCUUUGAGUGUGGUGAAAGAGGAGCGCAGCAGAAAUGUAAAUACGUAG